AUGAGGCGCAACCUCGCGAGCUGGUUCAAGUUCGUGGCUCUGGCGGCGCUGACGGUGCUGCUGACCACGCUGGUGUUCCGAGCGGUCCGGACGCCCGGCGAGCACCGCCGAGCUUCGUCGCCGUCGCAGCAGCCCCCCCAGGAGCCGGACGGGCCGGACGGGCAGGCGGACUGGCACGACUACGCGCGCAUGGAGGCCGAGGGCCGGCGGCGCGGCCUCGGCGAGCACGGCGCGCCGGCCGAGCUGCCGGCCUGGCUGGAGGCGCGCAAGGACCAGCUGUACAAGGCGAACGGCUUCAACGCGGCGCUGAGCGACGCGAUAUCGGUGAACCGCUCGCUGCCCGACAUCCGGCACCCCGAGUGCCGGCGCAAGCGCUACCCGCGCCGCCUCGAGCCGGUGUCCGUGAUCAUCUCCUUCCACAACGAGCACCUGAGCACCCUGCUGCGCACCUGCUGGAGCGUGGUCAACCGGUCGCCGCGCUCGCUGCUGCGCGAGAUCGUCCUCGUGGACGACGCCAGCACCAGGCCCGAGCUGGGCGCCGGGCUGGACGCGUACGCGGCGCGGCACCUGCCGCAGGCGCGCGUCGUGCGGCUGCCGCGGCGCGCGGGCCUGAUCAGGGGCCGGCUGGCCGGCGCCCGGCGCGCCGCGGCCGCGGUCCUCGUCUUCCUCGACUCGCACACCGAGGCGAACGUCAACUGGCUGCCGCCGCUGCUGGAGCCCAUCGCGCGCGACCACCGCACCUGCGUCUGCCCGCUCAUCGACGUGGUCGCCCACGACAGCUUCGAGUACCGGGCGCAGGACGAGGGCGCGCGCGGCGCCUUCGACUGGGAGCUCUACUACAAGCGGCUGCCGCUGCUGCCGGCCGACCUCGCCCGGCCGGUCGAGCCGUUCCCCAGCCCCGUCAUGGCCGGCGGCCUCUUCGCCAUCAGCGCCCGAUUCUUCUGGGAGCUCGGCGGCUACGACCCCGGCCUGGACAUCUGGGGCGGCGAGCAGUACGAGCUCUCCUUCAAGAUCUGGCAGUGCGGCGGCCGGCUGCUCGACGCGCCCUGCUCCAGGGUGGGCCACGUCUACCGCAAGUUCCCGCCCUUCCCGAACCCCGGCCGCGGCGACUUCCUCGGCAGGAACUACAAGCGCGUCGCCCAGGUCUGGAUGGACGAGUACGCCGAGUUCGUCUACAGGAGGAAGCCGCACCUCAGGACCCUCGACCCGGGCGACCUGUCGGAGCAGAAGGCGCUGCGCCGCCGGCUGCGCUGCCGGCCUUUCAAGUGGUUCAUCGAGGAGGUGGCCUUCGACUUGGUCGAGGCCUACCCGCCCGUCGAGCCCGAGGACCUGGCCUUCGGCGAGGUCCGCAGCCUCGGGGCCGGCGGCCUCUGCCUGGACGUCGCCCGGCGGGCCGGCCGGGACGUCGUGGCCGCGGACGUCUGCCGGGCGGACCGCCCGGGCGCCGCCAGCGGCGAGCAGGACUUCUCGCUGACCUGGCGCAAGGACAUCCGGCCGGGCGGGCGGCCCGACUGCCUGGACGUGUCCGAGGCGGGCCGGCGGGCCCCGGUCGCGCUCUACCCGUGCCACGGCAAGCAGGGCAACCAGCUCUGGCGCUACGACGUGGCCGAGCAGCGGCUGCUGCACGGCUACGGCGCGAGGUGCUUGGACGUGGACCCGGCGAGCCGAGCGGUCUUCGUCGCCGACUGCGAGCCCGACUCUCCCACGCAGAAGUGGCGGGUCGAGCACGCGAACGGCCGGGACGGGGCCGUGUCCGCGGGCCGCCGCCGACUGGAGGCUUGAGCGGGGGCCGAGCAUCCGAAGGCCAAGCGCCGACGUCUCUUCCUCUUCUUUCCGUUUGUCCGUCGAAGUGCAGCGUGCGGCCGUGCCUUAAGAAAUUAUUUUACGCCCACGGGGAGUGCAAGCCGAACGGAGAACAACACCGGUG